GACAUCGUUAUGACAUGGAGUCUGAAACUUUGGAAGAAGAGAUGGAAGACACUAACUUUGACGAAGAAGGCUUGAGUGGAGGCACAAUGGACCAAUUGCAUGCUUCUAUACCUUCAAAUGACAGUCUCCUGAGCUGUGAGAAUCAAAUAAGGAACUCCUCUCUCUUUCACCUAAUUCAAGAUGGAUUCCAGCUGAAGAAUAGCUAUGAGCAUAGCAAGAAACUUACAGAAUUGGUUGAUGUAACGUACAACCCGAGAACGAAGCAGUUUAUUUUUCUGGACACAAGAGGCAUUACCACAUGGUAUAAAGAUGGAAUAGGACAUACAGUCAGUCGAAGUAUGACAUUUCCCAAAUACCAAAACAAACUUCUCAGGAACAUCAUCUAUGCCAGGAAAUACAAUGUGUAUUUCUGUCUUGCCAAAGACUUUUCCUUAAAGGUGCUAAAUAAGAAUUUUGAGGAGACAUGCAACAUUGAUUCUGACCUGAGCUCUGUGAUGUUCCUACUCUUUAACCCUGUGAGAGAUGAGCUUAUUACAGGAGGAGUCAAAGGCACAAAGGUUUGGGAGUUCAGACAAGUUGCUGAUGAAGUUUGGAGAGAAAUAAAGCCGAUGGCAAACUACAAGCUCUUCUUAACGAAGGAGUUGGAAUCUGUGAAAGGUAGCUGGAUCAAAAAGGUAGAGCUGAAUGAACAAUUUCAGCACAUAUACUGCUGCUCUGACACAUCUGUUCAGUGCUAUGACAUGGAUGGAAAACUUCUUUUUGAGAUUGAAAGAGCUCAUGAUGCCCAAAUAAAUGCUUGCAAAUACUCACCUCAGGCCCGGCUUCUUAUUACCUGCUCAAAUGAUCAUGAAGUUAAGGUAUGGACGUUGAAUGGAGGACUGAUUAAUGUGUUUCGAAGCCAUACCAAGCCAGUAACCGAUGUAGUCCUACACCCACAUACCUCAAUGAUAGUACUCACUUCUUCUCUUGAUGGAAGUAUCAAGAUCUGGUCUCUGGACAUCAUGGAACUCCUCUACAGUAUGGUGGCAUCCACAGUAGGGAUACAUUGGAUGGGCUUGACGGGAGAGGGUCAAUUAUGGACAGCGACCUUACAUGACCUCAGCCUGUGGUCAAUCAACGAAGUGGUUAAUUUCUAUGCCUUGGCGAGAUGCCGUACAACAUCUCUUCAAGUAGCUCAGCUUGAGCACAAGACUAGCAGGGUAGUUGCAGUUGGUGAAGAUAGCAGUGUUCGACUGGUAUCUAUGAAGGAUCAGAAGAAUCUCUCAACUGUCCUACCACCUCCAUCGGUUUCCCCGCUCACCCAAGUUCUUUCUGUGACCUAUAAUCGUCAAUACAGUCUUGUCUACCUCCUGGUAAACCCCACAGAGAUAUGGGUCUACACUAUGAAAACAGACCCAGCAUGUCGAACUGCUGUUUGGGAUGUUAUGAAGAUCCAAGAAUGGAACAAAACACGAGCCCAGUCUGCGCGAGUGCACCCUUCUACCCCACUUCCAGUUGACAAGAAAAUGGCACCAACUCAACGGGCAUCCAGUGCUCACUUUAAGGGGUUCCGCAUCCGCUCAGCCAGUGCAGAAGGUCCACCAGGUGUCGAGAUGGCAGCUCCUUGCUGCUCGCUUCUUGCUCUACAUUCUCACAUUCAAUACUGGGGAGAUCAUGGAUUUGUUUGUCCACGUAAGACCAGUCUUCUUCUCCUUGGCCUUGAGGAUGGGAGGAUUCUCUUCAUGGAUCCAGUCAUAUUUGGGAUCAAGAUUUGUGAACUCCAGGCUUGCAAAGAUGCAAUUCUUGAUAUGCAACGGGAUCACUACCAUGAUACCCUUGUCAUUAGGAGUCACCUAAGAGAAGAAGACCUGUUCCAGUUUUGGUCAUUACCAGAGCUCCAGCUCAUGCAUGAAGCAUUGGUUACACCUGACACCACGGGACAUGCAAGAUUGGGUAAGAAGUUAUUCACUGGACAUUCUGAUGGAGCUGUCCAGAGUCAUGAGCUCCAGUCAGUGUCAGAUGACCCCCAUGCAGGUCUAAGACACACAGGACUAUCCUUGACUAAGAUUGGUUCUGACAACAAUCCAGGACUCAAGGAACACACCGGGCCUGUUGUAGGCAUGGAUGCGUGCCCAGAUAGAGGGAUUUUUGUCUCUUGCAGUGCUGAUGCUAUCAUCAAGGUAUGGAACUGUAAUAAAACGCUCUUAACAGAGAUCACACUGAGCCAGACCCUGUCUACUGCAAAAUUUCUCAAUGCCAAAGGAGAUCUUCUCAUUGGAUAUCUGAACCACCUCUUUCUCAUUGAUCAUACCAAAGUGUUGCCAUAUGCAGACCAGUCUAUUGAACAUUCAGAGGAUACCUUUGAAACUGAAUCUGAAAUCUAUGAAGAUCCAGCUGUCAAAUACGAAGGAGCUGCUGCCAACCCUGAUCCACUAGAUCUUGACAAUUAUUUGGUUCCUUUUAAUUUAGAUCUAACCCAGCGUUUCUUAGCUGGAGAAGCAUCCCCCUCUGGCUCUGUUGAAACUUCAGAUGUGGAGAAUGAAGAUGACACAGAGAGCCAGUUUUCCCAUGCAGCUACUGAAGUUUACCAAUCACCUACAGCAACACCUCGUCGUCUUUCUGUUGUUGAUAUGCUGGUCGCCAGUGAUGCUAUUAAUACACAAGCAAUUAAAGAAAAUAAAGAAGUUUAUUCCCUGAGACGCAAACAAUCUUCAAGAAGGCAUUCAUUUCAUGGCAGGAAAGAUGGCACUUGUGGAUCCUUUGAGUUUCCAAGCUUUGGACAUUCUCCAGGCCCCUCCCCCACGCCUACCCCACCCUCUACCCCAAGUGAUAUAUCAGUUUCUGAUAUAUCUAGUGAAUCUGAAGAGGAAGAGAAGGAGGAGACCGGCAAACCAGAAGAACAAGAACCUCUCUUACCAACUGAACGGAUUUCUAUCAUUGAGAGGAAACCACCAUCUCAACCAUCUGAUACUGCUCCUGUGAAGGAUAAUAAAAUAGAAGAACCAAGAUAUGGAUUUUCUACCAUGAAGAUUGAUUCCAAAGCCCUUCUAAACAUGAGGAAAUCACCAAGCUCUGCCACUUUAAAGAAACCAAGUGCCCCAUCACAGGUAUCUGUGGAUGUUCAAAGUAGUGAGAAGAGUCGGCCAUCAACAGGUAAAUCACCCAUUAAGAAGAAAGAACAGAAGAAAAACAGGACCCGUGUUGGUCAUAAGUCAAGUGAAGAAGGAACUGGAACAGGAAAAAUAGGAUCCUCCACUCAAAAAGCGGAAUUAGGGGCUACUGCACAGUUAUCGACCAAGCAGAUUGAGAGAAAGGCAGAAGACAAGAUUCUGCAAACUAAGAAUACCUCCAAAGGACCUGCUGUUGGAAUGUCAACCAUUGAGUUGGAUGGACCUGUGGGAAAAGAUAGAGCUGGUGCCCCUGAUGCUGCAGCAAGAGCCAAGAAACCUGUGGUUCCACAGAAGAAGAAGAAGAAACAGCCUAUAUUAUCAAGAGCAGGUAGAGGUACUGAUAGCAAAAGACAGUCGAGCAACGAAAAGGACCUGGCAGAUUCUAAGACCACUGAAGAUUCUCCUAAUGAAGCACAUGAAGAAACAAAAACUGAAGAGGGCUCAUCAUUAGUAGCUACUAGUUCUGCUGGAGGACUUGGUGCUAUGGCAAUGUUCAAAGCAGCCAAUAAGCUUCAGAUCAGUCAGAAGUAUGGUCCAGAACAAGCCAAGAUUUCUGUAGUACCCGCCCAGGCAGAUGACACAGAGAAUAAUGAGUUUCAAAGCGAUGAGCAGAGAAGUUCUUUGGCUGUUACCUAUGAGAUGCAUGCCAAAGACCAUGCAGGCUCUUCUCAACAUGAUGAUGGACAAGAUGCCGGAGUCCCCAUGGAAGAUCAAUGGGAAGCAAAAGCAGAAGAAGCACAUCAUAGGAUUGAUAAGGAAGAUGGAGGGAGUGAAGUUGGAGAUGAAAAUAGGAAAAAAACCCUUGGAAGCAAAUCCAUCACUUCUGGAAGGAGCAUGAGUGCUAAGGAAGGGCGUGUCAGGUUUAAUAUUCCAUCACAGCGGGCCCAGUCAGCUGCACCAAGGUUAGCAGGAGGGGGCGUUAGAGCAGGUCUGCUUCAUCCUUCAGGAUUAGAUAAUGAUGCCUUUUCGAUGCUUUCUUCUGUUGACAGAACAAACUCAGAAGAUGAGCUUGCAGAUAUUCCUGAAUCAAGACUGAGUGUGUUUGAUGACACUGACUUCAAUGACAGCCCCACCCCUCCAAAUACAAACUUUUCUGUCUCAAUAAUAUCAAAGGCAAGUACAAGACAAUCAAGCCUUCCAGAAUCUCGUAUGUGCUCUGGUCUUUCGAGGUUUGAGAUGGAUUCUCCUUUCUGUCCGAUGAGGUUACCCUUCUCCCCAUUGACUGCCCCUUCACCUCUUAGUGACAGAUUCCUGGAUGAGGAAGGACAAGGACUGCUUGCUAUGGAGCGUGGUAAUGUGGUAGAUGAUGUAGAUAGUAUCAUUGAUGUGGCCCCUGUCAACUACAACAGAGCUAUCCCUUUCAGUGCACCACCUGAAGGGCGCAGGGCAAGACCAAAUACAGCAGAACGAAGGAGAGAAGAGCAAAGACCUCAGACAGCUGGAGCUGACCCCCAUGUGACCUUUCAAAAUGAGGAUUUUGGAAGCAUGACAGAAGAGCAGUUUCAAAAGCACUUGGACGUUGUCAGCACGCCCACUGAUCUCAGUGGCUAUUUGAAAAAUGAUGGUCUUCAACUGGACAAGAAUUGGACAGACAGAAUGAUCCAGCGACAUCAAUUCUUAAAGAUGCAAAAAGAUCAAAGAGCAAAGAGUGCUGCUGAUAGACGUCAGCUCCUGGAGCUUAGACAACGUCAGAGACGAAAGGCACUUCUAGGUCACCGUCAUUGUUCUUCCAGUCUCUCUCCAAACCACCAAAGUGAAAAUCUUUUACAAUCUGAUACAAUUGUGAGAUCAAAGAGGAGCAUGAGGGCAAAGAGUGCACCAGCAAAUCCAGCAAGGCACCUAUCAUCUCAAUCACGUGACACACAUUCAGCACUUGAUCAAUGGAAGCAGGCAUCUUUCAGCAGAAAUACGACUCAGCAGCCAUCGAGCGGAAGACUAGGGUCUGCAUCCACCCAACACCAGCAAGCGUUUGAUCCCUAUAGCUGCUGCACUGAUCAAAGGAUAGACCAUACAAGAAUUGACAGGACAUUAUCGGGCAGUCCCACUGGACUUGAUAGGGCAGGUUGGAAUCAGAGAUCAUCGAGCCCUGGUGGUCGUCAAAGCUCUUUGGGUAAAGGGGAACAACACUCUCUCUUUCACGAUGGUCACCCUGAACCUAGGCAAAGUACCUGCGAGCAGAAUGAUCAAAAGCGUGAGCAUAGCAAAACAAGAUUAGACCUUGCUGCUGAAAAACCAUACAGGUUUCGCUUCAACAGUUCUAAGUCAAAUUCAACCAAAAGCAGAGAUGAGGUUCCUGAUGAUGUAGUUACUCGUGAUUCCUCCAGUAACCAUCUUGUAGUUAAAAAGAAACAAUCUGCGAAAUCCAUCCCAAGCAAACCAAGGCGAUAUGUGCUGGUCCACCAGCCGGGCACCAAACUGGGAGUAUUGGUACCCUCAAUCCUUGAAGAACAGCUACUAGCCAAGCGGUUUCCAAAAAUGCACAAGCGAUGGCAACGGGUCGCUCCUCCCCCUGAAGAUGAAAUAAAUGGGUCUCCUCCUCCACCACAACGAAAGAAUUCUUUGAAUCCAUCCUAUGUCAAUCCAUUGCCAACCAAUCAUGGCUCAAGCCCAACAAUGAUGUGAAAGCUACAAGAUGUUUGUUUGUGUGUGUCCUUGUUCCUGAAACAGCUGAAAUACAGUGCCUUUUCUGAUGAUAUAACAAUAGACUUCAAUUUGCUUCUCCAUGAUUGUGAUUGUAUUGCAAAUAGUACAUUCUUAGCUUUUAGAAUAUGAGAAAGACAAAUAAGUUACUAAAAGUUGCACACUGUUCAAUCUCAGUGAAACUUCCAGCAGCCUGUAUCUUAUUUAACUUUUCAAAUUCAAGUUUUGAUAGAUUGAAGUUAGAAUUACUCUUUGAGAUAAGCUAAUUUCAUAUUUUUGUUUUAAUUUAUGAAGACCAAAUAGCUCUUAAGCUAUUUACAAUGAACCUUCCCUGGUGACUUUUUGUUGGUUUUCAGGUGGCUGGUAACAGAAGUUCUUUUCUAAAUCAUCCCUAGAUAUAUCCGUUUGUGUUUCUAUUCCUUGAAACUUUAAUAAAGAAUGUAUCGGUAAUAAGUGUAUACAUGUACAUGUUUUUAGAUAAAAAUUGAACCAAAUAUAGGCCGUGAAUUUUGAUAUUCCGAGGGCAAGGCCACUUUAUAGCACAAAUGGGGAAAAUUAAAAGGGGCAUUGAAAGUUUAAAGGCUAAUGAAAUGACAUUUAGGGUAGUUAACAGGACAUCUUCAGCUUGGCUACUGGUGGCCUUGUGGACUAUUGAGUUGUAAUAUUUGAUUGGUAAAUGGGACAAAUACGUCUAGUCUCUUGCUGUAUUGAAUUUGAUAAUGUAAACGAGACCAACAGAAUUUGUCAUUUAAAGCAUUUUUUAGGCCCCCUUGUAUAAGACAAACUUGUUUGUCUUUGGUUUUGUCUGUAGUAUUAUGAAGAAAUAAUCUCGGAUUUUCUUUUCAAGUGUGUGUUUUAUAUAAUGUACAGUUCUUGUGUGUGAAUGAUGGCCUAUAAAAUGUAAUUGAUAUAGGUUUAAUUUUGUUUUUUAGAUUGAUAGAUACAUUUCUUGGGCUAUGAUGGGCUAUUUAGAAUGAGUGCAAUCCAUCCAAUAUAACAAGCCUAUGAUGUUUGCUUGUGCAAAUUUUAAUGUAAAUAAUAUAUUUUUCAAAAGACACAUGAUUAUUUUAUUGUUGGGUGAAUUGAAAUUUAACAAAUUGCAUAAUGUAAAUUCUUCAAAAUAUUUAGGGAUUAUCUGGUAGGAAAAGAGGCUGUAUAUAUAUUUAAAAAAUGUAUUCUGUUUUUAAUCCUUUUUCAGGUUGAAAAUAAAUUAUUGUAUUUAUUAGCAAAAGAA